AUGUCUUCUCUCCUCUACAAGCGACUUCUGUCCACAACACGCCAUUUGAAAAUGCCCGACCAGAAAUACAUCAUUCUCCUCAAGGACGACUCCGACGCCGCCAAGGUCAAGGACGUCAAGGACAAGGUCUCCUCUAUUGGAGGAAAGGUGACCCACGAGUACGACCUCAUCAACGGAUUUGCCGCCGACAUCCCCGCCGACCACGUUUCCACCUUUGAGUCCGACCCUAACAUCAAGUCUAUCGAGAAGGACCAGGAGGUUUCCAUCAACUAG